GAGAGGGGGGAGGUGUCACGUGUGCCCCGCGGCAGCCAAUGGGCGGCGGGCGGCAGCGGCGCCAAGAUGGCGGACGAUAAGGACUCGCUGCCCAAGCUCAAGGACCUCGCCUUCCUCAAGGGGCAGCUGGAGAGCCUGCAGCGCAGGGUGGAGGACGAGGUGCAGGCCGGCGUGGGGCAGGACGGAUCCCUGCUGGCAUCACCCUUCCUCAAAGGCUUCCUGGCGGGGUACGUGGUGGCCAAGCUCCGGUUUUCCGCCGUCCUGGGCUUCGUGGCCGGCACCUGCACCGGGAUUUACGCCGCCCAGAACUACGCCGUACCCAACGUCGAGAAGACGGUUCGGGAUUAUUUGAACGCGCUGAAAAAAGGUCGGGACUAGCGCGGAGGAGCCCGGAGGCAGCAGGGACUGCGGGAACGGUGCUCCUCGGGCAGCGGGCACAGAGCAGACCCGGGGCUCUCGGAGGCACGUCACCCGCACCCUUCUUUCAUUCUUUUCCCUGGAAAAGGGCUUUGCACUACAGCACUGCGGCACUCAGGGGCUGUGAUGGGUGUGCACAGGGCAUCACGGCGGUGGUGAGCACUCUACUAACCCACAAGGGGGCCCCGAGGGGCUGCCAGUUGCCUUUUCUCCUCACCCUCACCUCCCCCGUGUGGACUGAGGGGCUGCUGUGCCCUGCCACCUGCUGUGCCCUGCCACCCACACUGUGCCCUGGGAAGGUGCUCUGUGUGGCUCCCCAGAAAGGCUUUGUAGUUCUCCUCCUAAGGAGAGACAGUGCCCAGGUCUCCUCCUGCACCACAAAUGUAGCAGGGAACAUCCUGCCCGAGUCAGGCUCAUUAAAUCCUUGGUUAUUUGAUCUCUU